CGGCUGAAGUUACAGCACCGUUCCAGCUGUUUUGUUCCAACAUGUUGGUACGGUAGAAGCAAUGAGAAAAGACUCAUACAUAAACGGGCCAGGCACAUACAGCGCAUGAACACCGCUCACCGUAUCCAUAACGCACCUGGAGAUACUGCAGUAGCACAUAGGAUCGCUGGUGCUAUCAAAUCAUUUUCUGUGAAAAUAGAGGAGAGAGGAGAGGAAGAUAAUCUUUGGAAAACAGAGUUAACAUGGGAUGGACAAUCUAACGACAACCAAGAUUGUAAAUGCUGGUGCCGGUGGCAAGGUCGUCAAAGAAACAGUAACCACAACAACCCGGUUGACAUCACUGCCGCCAACCUCAGGUGGUCUCUCUUCGAGGAGUGCGCUGCCCUCUACUGGAGGAGGAGAUUCUACCAGUAGAGCCAUCACAGGAGGCAGUAGCUCAGUGCUAGUAUCCUCCUCUGCUGCAGCCGGGUCUGGGGGUGGAGCUAAGUCUGGGUACGGAGGGGGAUCAGUCAGCAAAUCAAACACCAUUACCACUAUAGAGUCCCCCUCUUUAUCCUCCGGUGCUUCAGGGGCCUCUGGCGCAGCUUUUCGGUCUUCAGGGGCUUCGGGGGCAUCGUUCGGGGAGAGCAAGACCAGCGGCUCCCUCUCUGUUUCUGGAGGGGGUCUUAUGUCUAGCUCCAGUUCCAGUUUUUUCACUGGUUCCAGUUCUGGUGGUUCCAGUUCUGGUUUUAUCUCUAGUUCCAAAGGAGCAGGAGCAGGAGGAGGUGGAGGCGGUUUUGUCACUGGUUCCAGUUCUGGUUCUAGUUCUGGUUUUGCCUCUAGUUCUGGUACCGGAAUAGGAGGAGGGGAUUCUUCUAGUGCCAAAAUGUCGGCCGGCGGCUUGGGCUCUGUAACCGUUUCCAAGGUUACCAGGUCCAACUACAGCUCCUUGGCGGGGGCGGGUUCAGGGGGCGUGAAGAGGGGCGGGGCACAGGGGUCUGCAUCCUCUGCUGUCAGCUACUCCCCCCCCGCCAUGGAGAGAAAGAGCAUGACCACCACCAUGAUCGCCCGCUCCAAGGGCUACGAAGGAAGAUCCAGUGGAAACUCAUCUCCGGAAUACACAAGGAGAGAGUAUGCUGCAGAAAGUGCAGCUGCCAGUACACACACCAGAGGGCGGAGCCACAGCAGAGAGAGUGAGAUCAGAUGCAGACUGCAGAGUGCCUCCCCCACAGCCAAAAGAUGGACGGAGCUGGAUGAUGUGAAGCGGCUGCUGAAGGGGAGUCGCUCCAGCAGCAUCAGCCCCCCUCGCUCCCCCACCAGCACCCUCCCUAUCCCCAGGAAGGCCAGCGUAGAGACCAGAACCAGGCCAAACAGCUCCCAGUCAGGCCAGUACGACAGUGCCACCCUGGACUCAGGAAUGCCUUCCUACGUGUGGUCAGGCCCCACUGCUGGAGGCUAUGGUUACCACAGCAACGCCAUCAACCGAUCCCCCACCUCCACCCUCCAACACUCACCCACCACACUCACAGCCACAGGGCUUCAGAACAACCUGGCUCUCAGCUCUACAUUCAUGAACUCUGGACUCUCUGCCUCUAGUACUGUUCAUGGUAUGCAGAAUAACCUGGCCACCACCACUGGCGGUAUCCUAACAGCUAAUGGAGUCAACGCACAAACAGUCUAUGGUGUGCAGAAAAAUGUCACAAGCACAGGGGUGUCCACAACCACAGUGGCACCCAGCAGUCCUACCAGUGAAGAGGUCUUCGCCAAAGAAUACAAAUUCAUGCUGCUGGAGAAAGAGAAAGCUCCCGUCAAAAAGGAGACGGAGAGACUCAUCAUGGCCAAAGAUACCGGCAAACAGUUCUCCUCUGCUGGCACUGCUAUUGCCUAUUCUGAGGACUCACUGAAGAGGGAGAAGAAGGUGUCCAGCUUUGUGGAGACAGCUACAGCCAGAACAACAGAAACUAACGCUGGAUCCUUGAUGAAAGUGUCAACGAAAGACAAAGCAACCUAUGCAGAGAUACACAAGGACGAGUCUGGAGGAGGUCUGGGCUUCUGGUCCUGCUGCUCCUGGUUGAAGUGGCUGCUGGGCCUCCUGCUGGGUCUUCUGCUCCUCCUGGGGCUCCUCCUGGGACUCAUCGCCCUGGCCGAAGAAGUCAAACGUCUUAAAGCUCGUGUGGACGCCUUGGAACAAGCCUCCAGCUCUUCCUCAGCCCAUUCCAGUCGCCUCUCCUCCUCCUCAGCCAUCAACAUCAUAGACCCUCUGGAGUCUGCAUACAUAGACAAGACCUCCUCUCCCUCCUCGACCACACUGCUCCGCUCUGAUAAUGGUAUCAAUCUGGGAGUGGCAGCAGGAGCAGGUCCAGGAUCAGCUAAUGGACCAGGCCAAGACCCUGUAGCUCUGCAAAGGGCAGUACAGCAGAUAGUCAGGACUGAGCUGCAGUCCGAUACUGUACGAGCAACACUUGCACACUCAAUGAAAGGAGCGAGAGGAGAGCCUGGGACCAAAGGUGACCAAGGUGGUCCAGGAGUCAAAGGUGAUAAUGGAUUCCCUGGCCUACCAGGUCCUCCAGGUCAGAUGGGUCACAGUGGACUGGAGGGCCCGAGGGGACCUAAAGGAAAUGCAGGUGAAGCUGGUGCAGAGGGCCCCCCAGGCCAGAAGGGCCGAGAAGGACCAACGGGAUCACGUGGAGAGCCUGGUCCUCCAGGGUUUGGAGAGAAAGGGGACAAAGGUUCUCCUGGUGAACCCGGAGGGCCCGGACCUGCUGGCACUGCUGGACCUGUUGGGCCUAAAGGGUCAGUAGGUGGUCAGGGUGCUACAGGUAUCCCAGGAACUCCUGGUCCACAGGGUUUCCGAGGUGAAGCAGGCGCUCCAGGACCGAAAGGAGAGAAGGGACCAGCUGGACCUCCAGGAAAUAAGGGCGAUCUAGGAGAGAAAGGACUCCGCGGAACAACAGGUGACCCAGGUCAAAGAGGACUUCCAGGACCAGACGGAGCGAAUGGAUCCAAAGGACCUGCAGGUGCUCCCGGGGCUGACGGUGAAAAAGGCUCUAGAGGUGACAAGGGAUUGGAUGGGUUGCCAGGUCCCAGAGGACCAGCAGGACCUCCAGGAGAUUCAGGCCUCCCAGGCAUUCCCGGGCUUCAAGGUCCACCAGGUAUACCAGGUAAUCCUGGUCAGCCUGGAGGUAAAGGCGAAGCUGGAGAACCUGGUAGAAUCAUCAAAGCUGGUUCCAGUUCGGUUGCCAUCCCUGGACCUCCAGGCAGCCCUGGACCCGCUGGUGUUUCCGGAUCCCCUGGACUCUCAGGUCCUGUUGGCCCUGCUGGUCUUCCUGGAACGCCUGGUCCCAGGGGAGAAAAGGGAGAGGAAGGAGAGAAGGGAGACCAGGGAAAGCCUGGCAUUACUGUACAGACUGUGGAAACCACAGAGAGACGUGCACCUGUGGCUAGUCUUCCUGGCCCACCUGGCCCUCCAGGGCCCCCAGGAGAACCAGGUCCCCAGGGUCUUCUAGGUAAGGGUCCCCCAGGUCCUGAAGGUCCUCAAGGAGAGCCAGGUGUACCAGGUAAGGGUCCCCCAGGUCCUGAAGGUCCUCAAGGAGAGCCAGGUGUACCAGGUGUUGGUGUGCCCGGCCCCCGAGGAGAUAAGGGAGAGCCAGGUAGCUUCGUGCCCAACUCAGGAACCUUCUUCGCUGGGCCCCCAGGACCUGCUGGCCCAACUGGUCUUCCGGGAUCACCAGGACCCCAGGGUUACCAAGGUGACCCAGGUCAGCCCGGUUUACCAGGAGUUCCCGGAGAUCCCGGUGUCGGUUUCCCUGGACCCCAGGGACGACCUGGAGGUCCAGGACCAGAAGGGGACAGUGGACUUCCAGGGCCCCAAGGUCCAGAGGGCCCCGAGGGGCAACAGGGUCCAAAAGGUGAGGCUGGAGUUCCAGGUGCUCCAGGAAUCCCUGGCUACUCCAGUGGUGGAUCAUCCAGGAGUUCCCCUGGAGCACCAGGUCCACCUGGACCUCCCGGGGCCCCCGGCCAUGAUGGGCCACCUGGGUCUGGGUCUGGAACACCGGACAUUCUUCAAUACAUCACAGAAUACCUCAAGAGUGAUGGUGUCAGGGAGUACAUGUCGGGUCCUCCGGGUCCUCCGGGUGUACCGGGGCCCCCUGGUGGCGGAUCAGUGGAGUCAGUGGACGAUCUUGCUAGUCGCGUCAUUGCGUACAUUCAGAGUGGAGGUAUUGCUAGUGGGGUGCCUGGACCUCCAGGCCCGCCUGGCGCUCCCGGUGGAGGCAGUACAUCGCUAGAUGACAUCAUCAGCCUUCUACAGAGGGAGGAAGUGCGACGCUACGUCAUCGGUCCUCCUGGCCCUGCUGGACCUCCUGGCAUCCCAGGGAUCCCAUGGAGAGGUGGCUAUGGCUUUAAUACCCAUGAGGUGGCUGGACGAGUCCUCACUCUAAUGAAUGAUUCUGAAUACAGAGGUGCCUUGGGCGCUCAGGGGCCUCCGGGUCCACCUGGUGUCCCAGGCCCUGCUGGCCCUCAAGGUCCCACCGGUCCUUCAGGACAGGCCCCCUACAGCGGCUCUGGAUACAGGCUGGAGGAGGUCAAGGACUACAUACAGAGUGGUCUAAGAGGGCGAAUGUUUGGGCCCCCAGGCCCCCCAGGUCCCCCUGGACCCCAGGGACACAAGGGAGAGCAGGGUAACUCUGGGUACAGCCACGCCUUCGACCACAGGAACAGCGAGGGAAGAAGGCUGGCUGAGACUGAGACAGACUUUUCCAAUAUAGCGGUUCGAGUGACUGACUACAUCAAGUACCAUGGUCUGUUGAGGGACGUGGUUGAGAACCGGUCUCAGCUGGAGAAGUCACAGGUUGUUCAAGGACCCCCAGGACCCCCUGGCCCUCCUGGUGCGCCAGGAUUCAGCCGUGUGUUUGGUUCCCAUUGUAACGUCACUGACCUUAUGGAAUACAUCAGAGCCCAUGGAAACAUUGUGGGACCCCCUGGAAGGCCAGGACAGAAAGGGGACAUAGGACAUACAGGUCACAAAGGCGAGAGAGGAGAAUACACACUUGUGACCAACAGAAGAAAGAGGAAUGUUGGUGUUUGAGAAACAAAUGAUUGAUAAAUACUCAUUAAAGGUGAAUGAAAGUCCUAUGAAAUAUGUCAUGACUCAUGAGCAUACAUUCUGGGGCCUAAUGCCUUGGAGACAUUACUGAUGUAAAUAUAUCGUUUUCUAUAGGAGAAACUGUUGAAUAGGACAGUAUUCCAUGCGCUGAUGUAUUGUGUUGUGUCAAAGAUGUCUUUAUGAUCUAUUUUUACUAUAGUGUUUGAUCUGGAGUAAUUCACCUCCUUGCAUGUUGAUAGCAGGAAUAGUUUGACUAUGUGUUGAAAAAUAGAACAGGGUGUGCUAUUUUUAUUCAAUAGCUUUUGUACUAUUAUCGUUAUUGUACUUGAGGAAAAACAUUUCAUAUCGAACGAAACUAAAACCAUUGUCAAACUCUCCUUUGAAUGUACUGGUAUCACUUUAUAAAAAUAAAGCUUUGUUUAAGUUAUUUAAUCAAA